GCUCGGGAGCCUGGGCUGUCCUCUCGCGCGCGGCGCUGGCCGGGGCGGCGGCGGAGGAGGCGAGAGGCGGCGGGGGCGGCGGCGAAAGAGGAGGGGAGGACGGGGGCGGCGUCGGACUGGAGCCGAUCGGCGGUGCGAGCUGCCCGGGGCGCAGUCGUGAGCUCGCCCGCCGGGCCCCCACUCCUGAGCUACACCCUGCCGUGCCCAGCUCUGCCGGCGUCCGUGCCCCCGCGGCGAGCGCGCCGGGGCUGCCCCCCGAAUGACGGGCGGAAGGUUCGACUUCGACGAUGGCGGCACCUACUGCGGCGGCUGGGAGGAGGGCAAGGCGCACGGGCAUGGCAUCUGCACGGGGCCCAAGGGCCAGGGCGAGUACUCUGGCUCCUGGUCGCACGGCUUCGAGGUGGUCGGAGGCUACACCUGGCCCAGCGGCAACACCUACCAGGGCUACUGGGCUCAGGGCAAGCGGCACGGGCUGGGGGUGGAGACGAAGGGCAAGUGGAUGUACCGGGGGGAGUGGUCACAUGGUUUCAAGGGGCGCUACGGGGUCCGGCAGAGCAUGUCCACCCCCGCCCGCUACGAGGGUACCUGGAGUAACGGGCUGCAGGACGGGUACGGCAUGGAGACCUACGGGGACGGAGGUACCUACCAGGGCCAGUGGGCUGGAGGCAUGCGGCACGGCUACGGCGUGCGCCAGAGUGUGCCAUAUGGCAUGGCCACGGUGAUCCGCUCCCCACUGCGCACCUCGCUGGCCUCACUGCGGAGCGAGCAGAGCAAUGGCAGUGUGCUGCACGACGCUGCCGCCGCUGCUGCAGACAACCCGGCUGGCACCAGAGGUGGCUUCGUGCUUAACUUCCACGCGGACACAGAACUGGGCAAGAAGAAGGGUGGCCUCUUCCGACGGGGCUCCCUGCUUGGCAGCAUGAAACUGCGCAAGUCCGAAUCCAAGUCUUCCAUCUCCAGCAAGCGCAGCUCGGUCCGCAGUGAUGCGGCCAUGAGCAGAAUCAGUUCCAGUGAUGCCAACUCCACCAUCAGCUUCGGAGACGUUGACUGUGAUUUUUGCCCUGUGGAAGAUCACGUGGAUGCCACCACUACGGAAACCUACAUGGGCGAGUGGAAGAAUGAUAAACGCAAUGGCUUUGGUGUCAGCGAGCGCUCCAAUGGCAUGAAGUAUGAAGGCGAAUGGGCCAAUAACAAGAGGCAUGGGUACGGCUGCACCGUGUUUCCCGAUGGCUCCAAGGAAGAGGGAAAAUACAAAAAUAAUAUCCUAGUCCGUGGAAUAAGGAAGCAGCUUAUACCAAUCAGAAAUACAAAAACUCGGGAGAAGGUGGAUAGAGCAAUUGAAGGCGCACAAAGGGCUGCCGCCAUGGCCAGAACCAAAGUGGAAAUAGCAAAUUCAAGGACUGCACAUGCCAGAGCGAAAGCUGACGCUGCUGACCAGGCUGCCCUGGCUGCCCGCCAGGAGUGCGACAUUGCGAGAGCCGUGGCCAGAGAACUGUCGCCUGAUUUCUACCAGCCAGGCCCUGAUUAUAUCAAACAAAGAUUUCAGGAGGGGGUAGACGUUAAAGAAAAUCCAGAAGAGAAGGUACCAGAAAAGCCGCCAUCCCCAAAGGAAUCCCCGCAUUUUUAUCGCAAGGGCACCACACCCCCCAGGUCCCCUGAAGCAAGUCCCAAACAGAGCCACUCCCCCCAGCCUUCCUCCCCAAAACCCAUGAAGAAACAAAACCCCGGCUCAGGGGCAAGACUCAGUCAAGAGAAAAGGAGCAUGACUGAGGAGCAGGUGACAGCCAUUGUCAAUAAGCCCUUGACAUCAAAGGCUCCUUCAAAGGAACUCGGAGCAACCAAGUUCUCUGGCCGCCAUCACGUCCCCAACCCCAGCAACGGGGAGCUGCACUCUCAGUAUCACGGCUACUAUGUGAAACUGAACACGCCUCAGCAUCCUCCAGAAGAUGGGGAAAAUGACGGUGGAGCCAGCCAGUCUUCUUCAGCAUUGGUACACAGGCCGUCGGCUAACAAGUGGAGUCCCCCUAAAUCUGUGACAAAAUCAGUUGCCAAAGAAAGCAAAGCUGAGCCAAAAGCCAAGAAGUCUGAACUUGCUAUACCAAAGAACCCAGCAAGCAGUGAUUCCUGCCCUUCUUCAGAAAAAGAAGUCAAUUCAGGCCCUAAUUCCAUCAUGAUUGUCCUGGUCAUGUUGUUGAAUAUCGGGCUGGCCAUUCUUUUCGUUCACUUUCUGACCUGAUUGGAAUUAGGAGAGUGAAGUCAUGACAACUAGUGGAGUUAGCCCACAGUUCUGCCGUGGUGUCCUCAGCCCUUAAAACGGCACACCCCAGUCACACUCAGGCAAGGAGGCUUGGGAUGGGCUCACCAGAGAGAUGACACUUGGAAAAUUCAGCCAGAGGACCUGUUCAGUUCCCCCCGGGAAUGCUUUGUGUCUUUGGGGGUCCUCUGAGAGCUGAAGCAUGCAGCCGUGUUGGAGAGCAAAGCUUGAUACCGAUUCUUUUUUAAAAUCUGCUGAAGCAGCCCCAUCCAGCGGAGUCCUUGGCAUCGGCUACUCCAUCUGUCCUAGCAGAGUGUGACUAAACUGGAAAUGUAUGGACCUGCAAUUUUUUUUUUGAUGGAAGUCAACAGCUGCCUUACUAUUUUACCAUCUGACGUUUUUAGUAGGGAGCUGGGGAGAGAAGACGGCCCAAGGAAUGCGGUCUGAAGAUUGUGUUGCGGUGGGCGUGGUUCCAACGUUCGCUCCUUUCUCAUUAGAAGAAGUAGGUAGCAGCAUCACCCGUCACCUGGCAGUGAUUCUUCUGCAGUGACCUGCUGCUUGAGCGUCGCCUGGAAUGUCCUGGGAGGGAACGUUUCAUUUGCUUGUGCACGACUCUGCUCAUUUUUUGCUGUAUUUUUUAAAAUAUGUUGUAUAGUCAUCUUCCACCCGCAGACCUGGCUGGACGAAAACACACAGGUUGCAUCUCAAGGAAAAGCAACAACGAAAGACUAGUUCAAGAAAGAGAAAAAAAAAUAGUGUUUAUUUUAAUAGCAAUACAUCAUUUUCAUGUUGUUUAUUCUUUCUAAACCAGUACAAGGCUCUUUAUCUUUAAAAUGUAGUGGUCUGAAGGUGUUAUAUCUUCCAAAGAAAUAAUUUAUUUUAAGUGUUUUCAGCAUUGCUGAGGUAAUGGUUGGCACCCUCAGGAGGGGCUUCAUUUUAAAAGCGGAGAGACAGCAGCAUACUAAGAAGUGUAGUUGCAUGGACUGCAGUAAUCAGCGGUUGAGGGUUCGGUUUCAUUGCUGACGUAUGUUACAACCAAAUAAAAUCUUGUCAGUGGCUAUGUUGAUUCCCAUGAAAGUUAAGCAAGAUGCUAUUAAUAGCUCCUCUUCUCUUUCUUCACCCUCCCCGCCUCAAAUUUUGGGUGAAUGCGUUCAGGUAGAUGGUGAAGCUCUGUUAAGUCGCUGCUCCUCGAUUCUCUGCCUUCAAUACUUUUCAAACCUGUUUUAUAGUUUUAUUUUAGAUAUUAAAGAUGUAGACGGUUUUGUUUUAAAUAUUUGUCUCUUGCUGUCCUGUUUUGUUCUGAUGUUGAAAUUUUUUUCUAUUAUAUAAUUUAAUCAAAAGCAUGCUUACCUAGAGAAAUCAUGUGAUCUUUAUAAAAAAUAAUUAUUUAAAAAGAAAUCAGGGGAGGAAGGGUAUGCCUGAGUGUCUUGAAGGUGUUACGUGAGGGGGACUCUUCCUAGAUGUUAGCCAUGAUGUCAUGGUGUCAGCCAAGUCUCCCCCUUAGCUGCCUUCUCAUUGCAAAAGAGACGGUGCGACCCUGUGUCAGCACAGGUGUGGGAUGCAUGCUUCGUCACCUGCAGCGCAGUAACCCAGCGGUGGUUUUUCUUUGUCUGCAGAAGUGCAAUAUAUUAAGACUCCUGGGUGUGACCAAUAUGGAUUAAAUAAGGCAGAAAGAGAGCAAAUGAAAAUGAUAUUACAACUUGUAUAUUUAUUUUUUACAUUUUGCUUUGACUUUUAAAUUUAGAAAGUCCGUUUUUACUCAAGAACAAACUAAAUCCCUGUGUGGGUUUCCACACUCCCCCUGAUCCUUCCUUACCCCUGUAGCUCUUUAUGCUGGGAAGGCUGUUUUUUUUUUU